AUGGCUCCCACGGGGUCACCUUGGAAGUAUCCGAUCCCAUUCCUUUUAGGCGGUCUAGUGACUAUGACUAUUCUUGUUGCUUCUGCUCUGCUGAUCUUGGCUUGCUCGUACUGGAAGCGAAACGGAGAAGGCAGCAGUGCCGUCAGAGAUGUUGAACCAGGCGGCGAGUCGGUGAAGGUAUUUAAAGACAAAGUUUUGGUUAUAAUGGCCGGAAAUGAGCACGCUACUUACUUGGCCACCCCAAUUCCUAUUUGCCCUCGUAAAGAUACUAGUUUUGAAGAAGAAUCAGAGAUGAUAGCGGAAGAUCAUCAUAAGGAAGAGGAUUCUGAGAUAUUGAAAGGGGCGGCACCAUCAACAGAGUGA